AUGCAGUUCAUCAGAGGAAUUAAGGAUGCUGAUGUUAGAGCAAGGAUACUACAAGAAAAAACAACUAAAUCAUUUUAUGACGUUGUUAAAUUGGCAACAGCAAUGGAACUAUCCAAAGAUGAAAGUUCUCUGGUCAAAACAUCAACAGAUUUUACAAACAAUACUGUUCACAAGAUUGGAAACAAAAAAUCGAACUAUAUACCUAAGAAAGCUCAGCCUUCACCCUUUGACAAAUUGAGAGGAAGAUGCUACCGCUGCGGCUCACGGGACCAUAGAGCCAACAACUGCAAGUUUGCUUCUGAAACGUGUCACAAAUGCACAAAACAGGGUCACAUAGCCAGUGUCUGUAUGCAAGCAAAGGAAACAAAAGUUCAUCAGACUGAAGAAGAUGGAAACUAUAGUUGUCAAGAAGAAACACAUGAAAUUUACAAAUUGAACAAUAGCAGUAGUGAUAAAAUACUUAUUGAUAUUUUGCUAGAGGGGAAUCCAGUCCAGAUGGAGCUGGAUACAGGUUCAGCCAUCAGCACGUUACCAUAUAAUAUGUUCAAGAAACUUAAUACGAAUAGAAGACUUUUUAAUACACAGCUACGACUUAAAACAUAUACAGGAGAAUUAUUCAAGCCCAAAGGUGUUGUGUUUGUUCAAUGUUCAUACAAAAGCCAGAGUUUUACGGGUAAACUCUAUAUUGUAGACGGUCACUCGGAUCCUAUUUUUGGUCGAGACUGGCUACGGGAAGUAGAGUUGGACUGGAAAGAAGUAAAAGCAAUCAAACAAGAAACUGGAGGACGUUUAGAUGAACUUCUAAACAAAUACACGGAUGUUUUCGAGCCAGAUAUAGGAAAAAUACCUGAUCAACUAUGCCACUUACAACUGACACCUGAAGCUCGACCAAUAUUUAUGAAAGCAAGGCCAAUACCUUAUUCCUUGAAACAAAAGGUAAAAGAGGAACUAGAGCGCUUAGAAACUGCAGGAAUAAUAACAAAGACGGACAAUUCUGAAUGGGGAACACCCAUAGUACAAGAAAUGAAACCCAAUGGUGAAAUUAGAAUAUGUGCCGAUUAUAAGGUUACGGUGAACAGACAAAUUCAAGACGAACACUAUCCAAUUCCGAGAAUUGAAGAUAUUUUCGCAAAUAUGAGCGGUGGCAAGAUUUUCUGUACUCUGGACUUAAAGAAGGCUUACUUACACCUACAAAUGGAUGAAGCAAGUGCUGACAUCCAAACCCUUAGUACACAUAAGGGACAGUUCAGAGUUAAUCGACUCAUGUUCGGAGUUAAAGUAGCUCCUGGAAUUUGGCAAAGAAUCAUGGACAAGGUCUUAUCGGGUAUAGAAGGCACUCAAUGCUUCUUCGAUGACAUAAUCAUCCAAGGAAAAUCAGAAGAAGAGUUGCUCACUCGGUUGGAAAUGGUACUUCAAAGAAUAAAAAUGAAUGGACUAAGGUUAAAUAGAGAUAAAUGCAAGUUUCUACACAAACAAAUUGAGUACUUAGGUCACACUAUAGAUGCCCACGGAAUCCACAAAUCAGAAGAUAAAGUUAAGGCUAUCAGACAAGCAAGAAGACCCCAGAAUGUUAGUGAACUGCGAACCUUCUUAGGUCUUGUCAACUAUUAUAACAGAUUUAUCGAGAACCUGGCAAACGAUUCUCAAUCCGUUACAUGGACUACUAAAAAAGGAGAAGAAAUACAAGUGGACAGAUCAAUGUGA